UGAUCCGACGAGAGGGGCUUAAAGCCAAGCUAAUGAGUGUGUAAACUACUCGCCUUAUUGCCAACAAAGGCGUCUUGGGGACGCGCUUCUUUUGUCUCGCGGAGACUCAUCACCUUUUCUCAGUGAAAUCUGCCGAGGAUUGUCUGCGUGCAACAGGAGGUAAGGAUUAAAAGAUGUGAGCUGGCCCUCGGAACAAAUGGUGAGGCAAAGCCAGCCAGCCAGGACAGGCCGGGGGCGGGGCCGAACGACACCCACAAUUAAAGAUGAACUUUGAGUGAACUAAUUUAUCUGCGGGAGGAGAAGGUGACAGGCUACGCGAACUUCCCGGUUCGCCUAUAAAAGACGCCAAAGGAGCAGUCGGGAGCUUCACUCGCUCUAGCGACGUUCACCUGAGCUCAUCGCCGACAUGGCUCUGAGCACGCUGCUGGCUACCUUGCUGUGCACCAUCGUCCUCCCGAUUCUGCUCUUUCUGGUGGCUGUCAAACUGUGGGAAGUUUACAUGACCCGGGGCAGAGAUCCGAGCUGCGCAAGCCCCUUGCCUCCCGGUUCCAUGGGCUUGCCUUUCUUUGGGGAGACGCUGCAGCUCAUCUUGCAGAGAAGAAAGUUUCUUCGCAUGAAGCGGCAGAAGUAUGGCUACAUCUACCGGACUCACCUAUUCGGGAACCCCACAGUACGUGUGACCGGGGGCGACAACGUGAGACAGAUUCUCCUGGGGGAACACAAGCUCGUGUCGGUCCAGUGGCCGGCGUCCGUGCGCACUAUCCUGGGCUCGGACACGCUGUCAAACGUGCAUGGAAUCCAGCACAAAACUAAGAAAAAGGCCAUUAUGCGGGCGUUCUCCAGGGAGGCGUUGGAGCUCUACAUCCCAGUCAUCCAGGAGGAGAUUCGAGCUGCAGUGGAAGAGUGGCUGGCGAGGGAUUCUUGUGUGCUGGUGUACCCUGAGAUGAAGCGUCUGAUGUUCCGCAUUGCCAUGAGGAUCCUUCUGGGCUUCGAGCCAGACAAGAUUAAGACCGAUGAGCGGCAGCUGGUCGAGGCGUUCGAGGAAAUGAUCAAAAAUCUCUUUUCACUACCCAUUGAUGUUCCAUUCAGUGGACUGUACAGGGGUCUUAAAGCUCGGAACUUCAUCCAUUCUAAGAUUGAAGAGAACAUCAAGAAGAAAAUACAGGACUCACAGAAAGAGUCCAAACAUGGAGAUGCUUUGCAGCAGCUCAUAGACAGCUGUAGUAAGAACGGCGAGACAUUUAGCAUGCAGGCUAUUAAGGAGUCUGCAACAGAACUACUUUUUGGGGGCCACGAAACCACUGCCAGCACAGCCACCUCUCUCAUUAUGUUCCUGGGCCUGAACCCUGAAGUAGUUGAGAAAAUGAGGCAAGAACUGAUGGAUAAGGAGGAACAAGGAAUGCAACUCCAAAGCUUGAAAAUUGAGUCUUUGGAACAGUUAAAGUAUACUGGUUGUGUGAUUAAAGAGACUCUCAGGAUUAACCCUCCUGUACCCGGAGGCUUUAGGGUGGCGCUGAAAACAUUUGAACUGAAUGGAUAUCAAAUUCCCAAGGGUUGGAACGUCAUCUACAGUAUCUGCGACACCCACGACGUGGCAGAUAUCUUCCCCAACAAAGAGGACUUCCAGCCAGAGCGCUUCAUUACAAAAGCUUCUGCAGACUCCUCGAGGUUCCAGUACAUUCCAUUUGGUGGAGGGUCGAGGAUGUGUGUAGGGAAGGAGUUUGCCAAGGUCCUGCUUAAGAUCUUUCUGGUGGAAGUGGUCACUAAGUGUCACUGUACUCUUUUGAAUGGGCCACCCUUGAUGAAAACAGGACCUACUGUUUAUCCUGUGGAUAAUCUGCCAACCAAGUUUACCCACUAUGUUCAAAAUUAAGAUGUUUUAAGACAAUGACAAAAUUCAGAGGAGUCACAAAUCAUUCUUUUCACCUAAAAACUAUUUGGAAGCACUCAGGUGUUCCAAGGAACCUCAUCAGGAACAUUUUCUUUUUUUUAUGUAGAGUAGCCCCCAUGAUUGUUUUUUGCAUAUGACUGUAUACAUACUGUAAAUAUUUGGAAAAACAUUUUAUAUUAUAAUGUGGUGUAUUUGUAUAUAUCUUUUUUAAACAUGCGAUCAAACUUAACAAGAGGCACUAUUCACACAUUGAAACACUUUAAUCAGAUCAGUGGUGUAUUUUUAGAAGUGUGUAAAUACUGUAUGUAGAGUUUGUUAUGUAACUUUUGUAUCUUAACACAACUUAUUUAAAUGAAGCUAUAUUGUAUUACUUUUUAUUUAAUAAAACAU